AUGCAGUAUACUGGUACUACCCUUCCCACCGUCGUCGCCCCCGUCAGCGCGGUGCGGGCGUCUGUCGACGAGAAAGUACUCGAUGAGAAGCCCCAGGUUGGCACCAAUGCCUCAGAAAAGGCUGUUACUGAAGACGGCCAUGCGGUACUUCAAGGUCUCGUCAUCCCAACCGAGGAGGAGAAGUCUACGCUAAGGCGUGUUGCUGGCAAGAUGCCGGCGACUUGUUAUUAUCUCUGCGCUGUCGAGUUCGCCGAACGGGCUUCUUAUUAUGGAUGCAACCAGGUCUACAAAAACUUCAUCAGAGCCCCCUUACCUCCCGACGGCAACGGCAGUGGUGCUACAGCUCCCGGGUCCGAAUAUACUGCCGGAGCUCUUGGUAGGGGUUCGGUAGUAGCCACCGCUAUGACUGAAGCAUUCAAGUUCUUAGCAUAUGCGCUGCCGAUUUACUUCGGUUGGCUCGCCGACACUAAGUACGGCCGCUUCAAGAUGAUUUGCUGGGGUGUUGCAGCCACGCUAUCGGCCCCUUUGCUCUAUCUUUAUGACAUGCUCUCAAUUGGUGCUGCUCAGUUUAAACCCAAUAUUUCCCCUACCGUGAUCGACCAGAGCCCUCAUAAAAUUGCUCAUGUCAUCACCGACAAGAACGGGGAGAAGGUUAUCGUGGACCCUGAGGAAUCUGUCAACAGUGUUAUGCUGUGGUUUUACCUGCUCAUUAAUCUCGGCUCUUGUUUCGGCAUUGCGACGACCUAUUUGGCUAAGCUUGUUGGAUAUUGGUCGGCAUACUUGAUCCCCACGAUUUUGUACCUGAUGCUUCCACCACUACUAUGGUACUUGAACCCGCGCCUUAUAAAACAACCUCCAGGAGGUUCAGACUUGGGAAAUGUGUUCAGGGUCCUCGGUGAUAUCUUUACUCAUGGUGGUUUGAAGCGUAUUGGCCGUACAGGAUUUUGGGAAGCCGGCAAGCCAAGUGUGCGCAAAGCCGCAGGCAGCACGAAAGUAUACACAUACGACGACCACUUCGUUAACGAUGUUCGAAGGACCUUCCAAGCUUGUGGCAUCUUCCUCUUUUCGCCUAUAUGGCAAAUCAACGACGGUGGUCUUGGUGCCGCUGCCAAUGCCCUCACUGCUGGAAUGGAUACUAAUGGUCUCCCCAACGAUCUCUUGGACAAUCUAAACGCCGUCUCUAUUGUCCUAGCGGUACCUUUUAUGAACCAUGUCAUCUACCCGCUUCUACGCAAACGCGGUAUUAAAUGGGGUCCCAUUUCUCGAAUGACCUUCGGGUUCGCGCUUGGUACAAUCGGCUCGAUCGGCUAUUCUAUCCUUCAGUACUACGUGUAUAAGACUUCACCAUGCGGCUGGAAUGCUACGACAUGUGCUGAGAUCGUCCCUGUCGGUGAGGUUUCGGUUUCUACCGUUUCCUACGCCUGGUACGCAGUCCCCGUUAUAAUCACUGCUGUUUCGGAAAUCUUCGUGAACGUCACUGCCUACGGUAUUGCCUAUUCGCGGGCUCCUAAGAACAUGAAGGGUCUUGUCGCUUCAAUCAAUCUUUUCAUGACGGCCAUCUCCGCCGCCAUCGGCCUUGCCACCGCACCGGCCAUCAGCGACCCCUAUCUCAUCUGGGCGUUUGCUGGACCAACCAUUGCCGGUGCUGUACUUACCGUUGUCUUCUGGUUUACGUUCAAGCAUAUCGACAAAGAGGAGUUUGUCCUCAAUUCUGACCUUGCUGAUUUAAAGAAGGACUCGGAACGCGAAAGCGACGAAGAGAAAGCCUCCCAACCGAAGUCAAUCGACGAGAAGAAAUCAUAGAGCCUAGACUAUGCACCAGAGAUAGAUCUGAAUCAUGUAUACUCUUUUGUUCGGAGAUUUACCUCGAAAUAUUUAGACAGGGAAACGUAGCAUAGUGAAAUAACAAGAUAUCUGACGUAAGUGAACCACGAGUAGAUAUCAGCCCAUUAUUAGAACACGAAUGCACUCUUAAUAGCAUAUAUUGCCUAGGUAGGUAGUAUUUUAUGCAAAGGACUUCCUUACUCAAUAUUGGGUUGGAGUAUACCUACCUAUGUACCAGGUAGAUAAGCACAGGUCCGUCAGCUGUUGCUAGCAAUUCCUGCCAAGACCGGAAUCUAGCCGAGUUAACGAAGUACAUGGCAAUUCUGACAAUCCUAUUGGUGUAAUACAAGGGGUUAUUAGACCGAAAAGAAAGGGGAGGCGGGGGCUAAAACUGGAGGAACGCGGCAGAGCCUCAUUGUGCCUCAGCUAAGAGCAAAUAUUUGUGAAAUUUUCAAAA